AUGUCAAAUAGAAGUCAAAGAGGCAACAUUCAAGGCAAGCACAUGACGUGCACGGAUAAACAGUCUCCCCGCCCGCUGCUCCAUCUGCCUCGGCGCGGCUGGAUCCCCAGGGCUCUGCUCUCUUGCCUACCUUUGACCUUUCACAAGCCAGAGAGGAUAGUGACUAGGCUGCCUCUUCAAGCUAGAAUGACUACUGCCGAUGGUCCUGCUAGGGUGCAUGACCGGAAUGCACGUCGCCGUCCAUUCUCCAACUGGGUGAAACGCCUGGCGAACCUUAAGAGUUCCUCUGAUUCUACGACAAAUCGAUGGUCCAACAAGCGCUACACUGGUAAUAAGGGCAAGAAGGGCGAUCAAGAAAACAACCCAUACCCGCUUUCUGGAACUAUCAACCGUGACACAGGGACUCAGACACCGACCGACUCAUACACGGAUGACCAUUAUGGUGCAGAAUCUCGCUCCAGGAGCGACCCAUCUUUGUGUUCGGGCUAUGAGAACCCGGCUCCCCUGACAAGCGCAAAAUCCGCUGCGCCAACCAUUUCAACCAAUGGCGAUGCCGCAUUCUCUGAAGCGGCGUAUUCCAAGGCAGGCACAUUGACAACUGGCACCGAAGGAUUUAGCACCCAUGGCGGUGGCGAGGGUAGUACCUUCUCAUCGCCUGCGCCUUCGAUUCGAUCCAUGACCACUACCCUGACCACUGUGCACUCGACGGCACCCUCAACCCAACUAGCUCCUCAAACCAGCAGAUUCAAUUUUCCCACCAAUUCCCUCCAACCUCACCCGCUACCGCAGUCCCCCCCGCACCUCGUGCCCCAAAGCCAUGCGAUGACGUACAGCGCCGCAACCGCAAACAAUGCCUUGACCGAUAACGCUUCUCUUCUCACCUUGGCGAGCUCAUCCAAGCGCCGUCGGCGCAACUCCCUAGAUACCAAUGCAUCCGUACGUGGAUUGGCUCCCUCUUCUGUAUUCGGCGGUAGUCGGGAGAGCCUGCCGCUGAGUGUUCUGAGUGGAAAUACGACUGAAGCAUCCAAUACCUCUGUGUUCAACGCCUCAGGUGUACUGAGCCGACCAAGCAUUGUUGGUCUUGCGAGUGCUGAACGCAUCAGUGUGUACUCGGCCUCCGGAGCAAUUCCGCUAGCUAGCACCACUGCGGAGCGGGGCGGCUUGUACACCACUAAGCAGACCGCCGGCGGUGAUACGGCCAGCAUUCGCAGCGGCGUCCAAUCACACAGUCGAAAUGACAGUACCGCCGCCAGUAUCGCUGGGGGUAUUAGCAGUCCAUUGGCCAUGACUGGUCGCAUGAGUCGAAGAAGUUCUGGCUGGGGAGAAAUUACCGGUGAGGAAGGCAAUGACGGAAAGCCAGUUGAGAAAAACGAAGACGAAGCCACUACUAAAGAUGAGCAUGGCUUUCCCGUUGAGCGGCUCAAGACAUGA